AUGGAGAGCGGAACUCUCCCUGUCCCGGUUUUGCCUUCCUACGCGCAAUCUUGCAUCGAGCCGCGUAAGUCUUCGCUUUGUCAGGCGUUCUUUCCCUACAAGACACUGAGGGAACCCGAUCCGGUUAUCAUACUCAUCACCUUGGCUGUUGUCAUUGGCUCCUUCUGUCUGCUCAGCGGCUUCAUACUGCUCUGUGCUGUGUCCAAGGCGUGGCAGGACGAAACCUCCGAGGCCAUUCUACUUAUGGGCAUUGGCUUCUUCAUCACUUCGCUAUCCUUUGUUACCUGGAAUCUGACAAAGGCUCAGCGCUUAAAUCAACCAGCGGACACACUCACAGUCUAGGAAAUUCACGAGCUUUGCAUUUAUUUGCUUCAAAGAUAUAUACU